AUGGGAAGAAGGAAGACCACCUACGAGCUGAUCGCCAACGAAUUCGCCCGGAAAAACACUCUAAAGAAGCGAAAGGCCGGGCUGCUGAAGAAGCUGAAUGAACUGACAACCCUGUGCGACGUCCCCGCUUGUGCUAUAAUCUUCAGUUCUCAUGACUCACAGCCGGAUGUUUGGCCUUCCCGAGCCGGAGCGUGUCAAGUUCUCGAGAAGUUUGGGAGUUUACCGGAAGAGCAACGAGGUAAGCACAUGACGGACCAGACCAUUGUUCUCAAAAGAAACAUAUUGCAGUUGAAUGAUAGGCUAGAGAAACAACGAAAGAAAAACGAAGAGCUGGAGAAGGAACUUGCUUUGAUCGAAAGCAUGGCGGACGAAAAUAACUGUGAUUGGAAUAAUUUAGAAGAGUUGGAAGAAUUGAGUUAUCAAUUGCAGCAAAAUAUCGAGUUCAUCUCCAACAUGAUUAAGAAUUAAAGCCUAGUCAAGUUAGUUG